UACAGGCUGAUUAGUGGAUGAUUAGACCCAGGUGUGCAGGGCUGCUUUGAUGAGGCUGAUUGUCUGAAUAUAAAGUAAGACAUGUUCACUACUCAGAGUAUUGUGCUGCUUAGUGGGUCAGACAGGAAGACAGUUUGCAGUCUGAACCAGUUUGCUGUUCUUCAGUGCUAUGAAGACCUCGUGUUUUUUGGUUCUUCUCCUGGUUGGACUGUGUUUCAGGUCAUAUUCUGCUUUUCCUCCCAAAGGUUACUCUCGGCAUGCUUCAAUUCAAAGUCCUCAGAUCACAGGGAGCUCCCAACACACUCUGCAAGCAAAGGAUCCAUCUGAGGAACAAGAGCAGGUGAAUACUGUCCGAGUGACCUGCCAUCCACACUCAUUGGAGAUUAUUAUCCAAGCUGACAUGUUUGAAGUUGGAGCUCCUGUCAAUGGUGAUGAAUUACGCCUUGGACUGGAGCACAAUGACCACUGUAGAGCUACAAUAUUUUCAGGAGAUGAGUACAGAAUCCUUGUUAAACUCGUGGACUGCGGCACCAAACAAAAGAUGACUGAAGACGCACUGGUCUACACAAACCUGCUCGUAUACUCUCCCGUGGCCUCUCCAGAUGGGGUGGUUCGAAUGGAUGAGGCUGUAAUUCCCAUUGAAUGUCAUUACGAAAGGAAGUACAGUAUGUCCAGUUCUUCCCUCAUGCCCACCUGGAUCUCCUUCAUGUCUAAACAAGCUGCAGAGGAAACUUUGGAGUUUGACUUGAGCAUUAUGACAAAUGACUGGCUUCAACGAAGAGGCUCUAAUGUGUUUUACCUCGGCGAGCCCAUCGGCAUCGAAGCCUCAGUCCGAGUUGGACAUCACACGGGGCUCCGAGUGUUUGUGAGCAGCUGUGUGGCGACACUUUCCCCAGAUGUAUCCUCUGAGCCGAGAUACGUCUUUGUUGAAAAUGGGUGCCUGGUUGAUUCUGAGCUUCCAGGUUCUAGGUCUAGCUUCUUAUCCAGGACACAGUAUGACAAGCUCCACUUGACCAUUGAUGCCUUUAAAUUUCAUAAUGAGGACAGAAGAAGUGAGCUCUACAUCACAUGUCACCUGAAUGCUGUACCAGUAAAUGAUGCAGAGGCACCAAAUAAGGCAUGCAGUUUUGUCAAUGGAAGAUGGAGGUCAGCUGAUGGUAAUGACUAUUUAUGUGGCUCUUGUCAAAGUCACGAUAAGCCGAGCAGCCCUGGCAAGUUUGGUUCUCGUGGGUUUGAGAAGCCACAAGAACCUGAACCGUUUUGGAGUGGACAGGAAACCAAUACAGUGUGGGAAAAGGCGGCAAGAGUGGGUCCGAUGAUUGUCUUGCCAGCCAAGCAGAACAGUGGGCCAGUACCUGUGGCGGCGCUUCCUCUUGGUCUGAAUAAAAUCAGCAGAUCUUCACUGUUUGGCAAUAGGAAUUAAUGACAAAGUUGGUGAGUUAACUUUGUUUGGCCCAUAUGUUAAAAAUACUUAAGCACUCAAAACAGUUAUUCUGUCUUAAAAAAAAUGCAUUUCUAUUCUAGCUGAUGAGAGACUUCUUCUUGGUUCAUAAUCUACACAAAUGGAAAACCGCAUGUCAACCCUCGACUGUUCAGUUUACUGUGAAUAUGACCAACAUGUCAACUGCAACCAAAAAUGCCUUGUCAGAUACAAAUGACUCAAGUAUAAUAAACAAUUGCUUUUUAAAUGUAUUCUUGUUGAUGUGUAGUUUGCCUGUAAUGCACAAAGAGAACUGGACUGGAUUUUUAACCAGCUAAAUACCCUUUUAAGUUAAAAAGGUUUAACCCUCCUGUUAUAUAAAGAAUCUUGGCGUUAUCUUUGAUCGGGACUUGUCCUUUAACUCCCACAUAAAGCAAAUCUCAAGGACUGCAUUCUUUCAUCUACGUAAUAUUUCAAAAAUCAGGCACAUCUUGUCUCAAAAAGAUGCAGAAAAAUUCGUUCACGCAUUCGUUACUUCGAGACUGGAUUACUGCAACUCCUUAUCAGGCUGCUCUAAUAAAUCUCUUAGGUCCCUCCAGUUGAUCCAGAAUGCUGCAGCUCGUGUUCUCACUAAAACUAAGAAAAGAGAUCACAUCACUCCUGCACUAGCUGCUCUGCACUGGCUCCCAGUAAAAUCAAGAAUCACUUUUAAAAUUCUUCUCUUAACCUACAAAGCCUUGAUUGGUGAUGCACCAUCAUAUCUUAAGGAGCUUGUAGUACCAUAUUGCCCCACUAGAGAGCUACGCUCACUAAAUGCGGGACUACUUGUAGUUCCUAGAGUCUUAAAAAGUAGAAUGGGAGCCAGAGCCUUUAGUUAUCAAGCUCCUCUUUUAUGGAACCAGCUUCCAAUUUCAGUCCGGGAGGCAGACACAGUCACCUCGUUUAAGAGUAGACUGAAGACUUUCCUCUUUGACAGAGCUUAUAGUUAGGGCUGAAUCAGGUUCACCUGGUCCAGCCCCUUGAUAUGCUGCUAUAGGCCUAUAGCUGCCGGGGGACGUUUUAGGAUGCACUGAGUACCUAUCUCCUCUUUUUUUCUCUCCGUAAGGAUGAAUUUUCAUCUCUCAAUCACACAUUACUAACUCUGCGUUCUCCCCGGAGUCCUUUUGACUUCACGUCUCAUGGGGUCAUCGGACCCUAUGAGACGGCAUAGAUCCUAUCUGCCUGAUGGAUCAUCGAGGUCUGGGUCGUGGAAUUCCUGCUCCUGACUGCGCCACUGUCCUGUUGAGACUCCGCCCACUGUUGAGACUCCGCCCACUCCUCCUCCCCACCGCCAUCUGCCUGAUGGAUCGUGGAGGUCUCCAUCGUGGAAUAUGCCUACUAUGAACUAUUCAUACACUGUCAUAUUCAUUGAAUGUAUUUUAACUCAAUCUGUCCUUCUGUACACAUUACAUCUAUUGCAUCUGUCCAUCCUGGAGAGGGAUCCUCCUCUGUUGCUCUCCUGAAGGUUUCUUCCCUUUUUUUAUCCCCCUGAAGGGUUAUUUGGGAGUUUUUCCUGGUCCGAUGUGAGGUUUUGGGGCAGGGAUGUCUGUGUACAGAUUGUAAAGCACUCCGAGACAAAUUUGUGAAAUUGGGCUAUACAAAUAAACUGAAUUGAAUAUUUGUUUCUUGCAUACAGCUAUGAUGUUCCUGGGUCAAUUUGACCCGGUUAAUGUUGAAUCACCCAAAAGUGGUCAGAAACCAAAAAAUCCUGAACUAUAGUUUAUACCUCAUCACCAUGUCAUAACGAACAAAUUAGAUUUUAGUGGAAUUUAGUUAUUCACCCCUUCAUCAAUCAGAAGAACUCGCUCGUUUUAAUGAGAAAUGCAUGUUCAAACUUUUUUAGGUACAUUGAAAAAAAUCAAAAUUGCAUUUGUCUACAAUAACAUAUUUCGCAAUUUAAAUUGUAUUUUGUAAGUUUAUUUUUAAAUGGGGUGACGCCUGUCAUAUACGCGGUCAUAAUGACCCGCUCACUCAAAAUCAAGCCAAAUGAGUCAAAGGAUUUGUAUUUAAAGUAAACUUUAGUUAUGUUUAUCGUGUAAAGAUCAGUGGCGGGCCGUGGGCCUGGGGCCUGGGCCUUCAGUGAGGUCCUACACAGUCCCACCCGAAUUAAUCCACCUCUUAUUCCUCUCAUUAUGAUGCCAUGGCUCUAGACCAGGGCUGCUCAAUACCUCGAUCGCGGCGUAGUAUUGGUAGAUCGCAUGACAUUAAAAAAAAUUGGCCCGCCCCCGUCAUUUUCUCUAUAGCACGUCUUUGUUCAUUUAUUAAACUAAACAGCCGUCUGAUGUUGAUCGUAUCUACACAACAGCAUGUCAUUUCUCUCGGCUCUCCGUCCCGAUGCGCGCUGCAGAAUGCGCGCAUCGGGACGGAGAAAAAGAAGAAGAAAAAAGUCACUUGCACUAGUUUGUUCACUAAACAGGGCAUUGUCGCACCCAAAGCAGAUUUCAAGUAUAUGCUCGACCAAAUCGACAUCUUCUCCUCCUUCCGCCAUUGUGGGUUGAAAAAACAGCUUUGUAGUCCGCGAAUUAAUUCCUUUAUCAAAUUCAGUUUCCUAGUUCUGAGGUUCUGCAUUUACCUGCCCAUAGGCCCCGCCUCUCAAUAUUGGUAAUCCAAUCAAAAGACGUGCAGCACUCGGCCUGCUAGCUGGCUCCUGUGCCGGUUCCGGGGCCUUCUAGAAGGCCUACAGGAGCGAACUCUAAAGCUGAUUGGUUGACACAACAUCGUCAUUCCCAUUCACUUGAAGCUACCAGCGCCCGCAAUGUUGAUUCUGAAGGCCUAAGGGCAGAUUUUAGCCCCCUGGCAACACACGAUGGCUGAAUAUGAUUGGAUAAAAGAUCGAACAUAAAGACCAGCCCUCCAAAUCUCAACCUGGCGCUGGCAGCAGCGCAACCAAGAGGAACGCUAUGAAAUUAAGAGAAUAACUCUUACUCUGGGGAAUCAUUGAAUACAUAUUUGUGGGAAAAUAUAUUUAGAAAAAAAUAUAUAUUCUGAUGAUGUUUAGGCCAGCAGAGAAGGCCUUGCUGGC